GCGGGAUAUCUGGCUGGCACUCACCAUCGCUGGAUGCAGCUGAGGGACGCUGAGGAAAUGGCCACGUGACGAGACAGAGGAGCGAACGGUGCCGCCAAGAUGAACACGAACGGCAAUGUCGGCUCGCAGGAGGGUGGUAACGGUACCGAUUACGGUUCGAGCGAGGAGACGGCCGCCUUGCUGAGCAGGGCGCCACCCCCGCCGGUCGUGGUUGCCGCGGCGUCUCAGGGCAAGCCGGUGCUCACGCGACAGGAUCGGGCGACGUUUUUGGUCGCCUCGCCACAGUUGUCCGUCUCGGGGCUCGGCGGCUCCGAGGAGAGCGGCACCACCGAGGAUCUGGCAUCGAGAUCGGUACCGGACAUCGAGCUGCAUUGCAGGCUCGGCGACACCCAGCCGAAGCCGCAACCGCCGCCACAGCCGCAACCGCAAACGCAAACGCAGACGCAGUCGCAGACGCAAACGCAGACGCAAGUACAGCAACCGGUCGUGCCUACUAUUUACCGGUCCAGGCAGACGUCCCAUCAGCACAGGUGUCGAUGCGACCGUAGGGACUCCCUGGCGCCUUCGUCCGCCUUUCACCUUGCGCGCAGCGUUUCCAGGUAG